AUGGAUAUUUUUAACGAUACAGUGUUUGUUUUGAACAGAUUUUUACCUGGAUAUGAGAACUACACGUUAAUUAUCAACAUGGAUACAAAUUAUACACAAAAUGUACGUUUAUCAGACCAAAUAUCAAAUUUGAAUGAUUCUUUAGUUGUUGUGGUUGGAUCAGAAAACUCGAAUUUCAACCCUGGAAACUUGAUAUCAACUGCAGAGUGGUUGGCUCUAAGUCCCGGUGCCACAAUUGUACUUACUGAUAGUAUUUCUACAGAUGAAACAGCAACAGAAUCAAAACCUUCAACCAGUUCUCAGUUAUACAUAACAUUAAAAGUUGUGUUACUUUGCUUAUGUUUCACGAACAUUUGUAGUCUUAGGGCACAUAUUUUGUAG